CCAGAGCCAGGCCGGGUGGAACUUUUUACAGGACGCACGGACCCAGUGGCCGGUGGAUGGGACCCACUGGAUGAUCGACCGGCUGCGGGCCGAGCCGGCCAUGCAGCGGCAUUUCAUGCGAGGGGGCCGAUUCCACCCCGCGGCCAUCCAGCAGUAUUGGCAGCGCGUGGCCCAGUUCAAGGAGAAGUUAGCCAUCAUAGUGCAUGUCACCGCGGGGCAGCCGGCGCGGGCCCCAGAGUUAUUAAGGACUGCCAUCCACAUUGCAGCAUAUCGGGACAUCGCCAUUGGCAUCAGCUGCUGGUUUUUACAUCUGUCCACUGCAUUUCCAAAUAAUGUGCAAGAGGCCAACCACAUACCAGCAGCCAUGGAUGCAGAUGCUGAGGAGUUUAUGGAUGAUGAGCAGUGGAUUGGCCACAUUGCUGACUUGCAGGCCGCCCAUUCAUCACAUGUCGCAGGGAUGGUGUAUGGUCGAAGUAUCCAUGAACAAGCUGGCAGCACCAACCACCGGCGCGAGAUGUUCCGGUUAUCCAGCACCAACUGGCAUCAGUUUUUGGGGUUUGCAUCCGCAGCCACUGCACCAUCAAUAUUAGGCAAGCGCAAACAAGCGCCAUGGGAGGAUGAAGCUGAGGUCAGUCGCAUUGAGCGCCGCCACCAGCUGGCCACCAUGGAUAUGGAAGCAGCCGCGCAGCGAAUGACCGGGCAGCCCACCAUGCGGUUCCGGGGGGUGCAGGACCCGGCCAUUCAGGCCAUCCAGCGAGGGGAGAGCCCCAUGGUGGCGGUGAUGCCCACAGGCGGUGGCAAGAGCAUGUUGUUCAUGGUGCCAGCAUUCGCCGCCCCCGGAGGCACCACCAUCGUCGUGGUCCCACUGGUUGCAUUACAGGCCGAUAUGCAGCGCCGGUGCCAGCAGCUGGGGAUUUCAUGUGUUGCAUGGGAGAGCCGGCGGCCCCCGGAUGCCGCGUUGAUCGUGUUGGUGACGCCCGAAUCCGCGGUCAGCCCCGAUUUCCAGACGUUUUUGAACCGGUUGCGGUGGAUGCGGCGGUUGGACCGCAUCGUGAUCAAUGAAUGCCAUGUGUUAGGGAAAUUAGUGCAGGCACGUACCCAGACGGUAUGGUUGACCGCCACAUUGCCCCCGAGCAUGGAGGAUGAGUUAUGCCGGCGGAUGAAGCAUGAUCGGACCGCCGUGACUAUUUACCGGGCCCAGACGAGCCGUCCGAACGUGGCAUACCGGGUAUGGCGCCCCGUGUUAAUGGGGGUCGGCCGGGGUCCAUACCAGUGGAUUGAGAGUGAGGCCGUGGUGGCAUUCAUUCAGGACCGUAUUCAACGGGCGGCCGGUGGCAAGGUGAUCAUAUAUGCGAAUAUCAUUGGGCAGGUGACAGCCAUGACGCGGGUAUUAGG